GCACAUGGAACUCGUUUGAAUGUGGAUCCGUGUCGGUUUGGAUCCCGCCUUUUCGGGCAUGAACUCAAGGCGGUUUGCAGAGCCCGCAAAUCUGGAGAGGUGGUCGCAGAGCCGGGUUUUGCCAAAAGUCGGAGGUCCAGGAGAAGAUUCAUAGGAACCUAGAGAAAGGGUGAUGUUUGGGGAAGUAGCCUGGGCUGAGUAUGCGGGGCAGCGGUCACACGUACGCAGCUGUCUGGCUGCGGGGUUCAAUGGGAGAGAGCAAAGCACAUCGUGAGGAGAUGAGAUUGAGCGUAGAACCACCACCACCCCCGAGUCUUGUCAGUGCUUUUGGGAGCAGGUGUGCGUAUCGCCCGUUCACAUGUAUGUGGCUAAAAAAAAAAUCUCUGCGGGGGACUAUAUUCUUGCCAAAGCGGAGGGAUACCAUUUGGGCGCUUUUUAUUUAAUUUGGCGGGAUGGGAAGUGGCCUUUUUUUUCUUUUGGCUUUUCACCAACGGCUGCCUGCGCUCACUACCUCAUUCCUUCAUACGGCGGGAGGAACAUGAGUGAAUGGAACAGCCGCGGGGGGAGGCGCACGUGCGUGUCCAAGUGGGAAGAAAUUCCGCAGUAAACCUCAGCUGGCCCGUUACUUGGGUAACUCCAUGGACCUGAGCACGUUUGACUUCCGAACAGGGAAGAUGCUAAUGAGCAAGGUGAACAAAAACCGGCAAAGGAUGCGGUAUGACUGUUCAAGCCAAACCAAGGGUAAACCUGAUUUAAACACCACACUUCCUGUGAGGCAGACAGCUUCAAUUUUUAAACAACCAGUCACUAAGAUCACAAAUCAUCCCAGCAACAAAGUGAAGACAGACCCCCAAAAAGCAGUUGAUCAACCCCGACAGCUCUUCUGGGAAAAGAAACUAAGUGGCUUAAAUGCCUUUGACAUUGCAGAGGAGCUGGUGAAAACAAUGGACCUUCCAAAGGGUUUGCAAGGUGUGGGACCUGGAUGUACUGAUGAGACUCUCCUUUCAGCCAUUGCCAGUGCCUUGCAUACCAGCACAAUGCCCAUCACUGGGCAGCUCUCUGCUGCUGUUGAGAAAAACCCCGGAGUCUGGCUGAAUACUUCUCAACCUCUCUGCAAAGCCUUCAUGGUGACUGAUGAAGACAUCAGGAAACAAGAAGAGCUGGUUCAGCAAGUGAGGAAGAGGCUAGAGGAAGCCUUGAUGGCUGACAUGCUUGCUCAUGUGGAAGAGAUAGCAAGGGAUGGUGAGACACCUGCAGUAAAGAGUAAUGAAGAAGAGGAGGAGGAGGAGGAAGAUGAUGAUCGUGGACAGGAGAUGGAAAAUGUAUAGUCCAGGGUGUUUUUCUCCAGAACUAGCCCGCACUUGGUCCACCUAGAGGCAAGUGCAUCUUCAGAAUGCUGUGCACUAACUGUAUCUGCGUAUGUGAACGUGUUUGGCUUCAGUUCACAAGAAGCUGAAGGGACCAGUCAGACUGAGUAGUUUGAAGAAGGACUGGCUAAGCUCAGUUUUUUCUUUCCUCUGCCCCCUCAUUUUUCUCUUAAAAGUAUCACAGGGCAAUAGAGGAAUCAAAAAAGUCAUAUGAACAUAAUUCCUUUGUCUUAUUCCCAGACCAAUAAUUGAAACAGGUUUCCCAAGUCUCUUUCUAAUAGUGUCUGCAUGCCCUAAAACGAAAUGGCUUAACCCAGAGAUGUCAUGAAGAAUUUUUUUUUUAAGUUUUCUCUACAUAUUUGAAAUUACAUGUAACAAAAUAUUUUUGAUGGUAUAGGUAAGCUAUUCCACUUGUAAAAUCUUGCUGUGGGUCUUCAUUUUCUUAUCUGAUUGUUUAAUUUGGGUUUGUUUUAUUUGCUUUUAAAAAAAAACUCCCAUCAACAGAACGUGCCUUUCUAUGUGGACUGGGAAAUUGAGCCCCCAAAGCUAUACAGAUCCACAUUUUGAUCAAAGUCCCCUUCUUCUGCAUGAAUAUAAAAUGACAUAGAACUAUAAUUCAUGUAGGACUUUAUGAGCACAAACCAUUGUGGAAAGAAUAUUAAAUGAUGACAAUAAUCACCCAAUCAGAGAAAAUGUAACCAAAAGGUGAUGUGUGAGUUUUUAGCAACUAUUUGAAAGAAAGGAUUACUUAGUGCUAUUGAUCUCCUCUUGUACUAUAACUGAAUUAGUCGCUGGAGGGUGGGUUGCCUUUGUCUCAUAUAAUUAAAUGCUUUUCAAAUAGUAAUAUUAAAUUGCUAACAUAAUUGAGGAGAAGCAAACAAACCAGUCCAGUUGUAAAUGACACAGAAUUUGCCUUAAUGAGUUCCACCUCAGCUGGGAUUAGGUUACUAGAAACACAGAUAAUAAGAUCUUUGCUCUUGCUUGCUUCCUAAUGCAUACUGUCUGUAAAUAAAUUGUCAUCAACCUGAUACUUUAUAAGUGCUGGAUUUUAAAUUUCAGGUUUAGAUGACAGUACUACAUCUCUUUAAAAAAAAAAAAAAAGCCAGGG